AUGCCCACUGGUCUGACAGCUGUCUGCUUUUCAGACAAGGCUAUCGAGGCCCGCAAAACCUCCACGCUGAAGAAGGUGUACUAUGACAUCGACGACCAGAUGAAAACAAACCCUUCAGGAGGGACCCCCUACACACCCUCUCUGCACCUCCUGUACGGCCUUCGCGAGUCUCUGGCCCUGCUGAAGGAAGAGGGCUUGGAGAACGUCAUCGCUCGCCACCACCGCCUUGCAGAGGGCGCCCGCGCGGCCGUCCAGGGCUGGGGAUUGCCCCUGGUGUGUCAAGACCCGAGGUGGAACUCGGACACACUGACGGUGAUCAAGACCCCCGAAGGCGUGGACUCCAAUCUGGUUGUGAAGAACGCCUGGGCGAAGUACAACCUCUCCCUGGGCGUCGGCCUCUUCCAGAUAAAUGGGAAGGCGUUCAGGAUAGGGCACCUGGGAAACAUGGACGAGCUCAUGCUGGCCAGCGCGAUCAGCGGUGCUGAGAUGGCCAUGGUGGAUGCCGGAAUACCCAUAACCAUCGGGUCGGGGAUCUCGAAAGCCCUUGAGUACUGGCAGAAGACCAGCAAGGUGAUUCCCACCCGUGAGUGUGUCCUUCAAGGGUGA